GGUCGGAACUGUUCGAAGAGGGAAUCCAAAAAAUGAGACGCCGUCACUAUGGAGACGUAGCUCUACAUUCGACGCGCAGCAACAAGGAUUAUUUGUGCAGGUGUUCGCGAGGAGAGUGAUAGCAUGGACUCGGAGUACAUAAAGAAACACCUGGGGGAGUGCCUGGCCGAGGGGCUAGCUGAAGUAGCCGAGAUAAGGCCCGUUUACCCCAUCCAGUAUCUUGCUCACUGGCUCUACAAAUACAGGUCUAAUGCUAAAUUCGAGAUAGAGAAAAAAGAGCAAUUUGCUCUGAUGGAGGAAAGGAUUGCUGAAUAUAACAGACAGAAAGCGAUAAGAGAGGAGGAGGAGAGAGCUGCUAGAGUCCUGGAAGAACUUCUAAGAGAAGCUGAGAAAUCCAUGGAGCCUGAAGAAUCCAUUGAAACCACUGCUGAAGUUGAGAAACCUACUGAAGAUACAAAACUGGUGACUGGUCAAUCUGAGUCUGGCAAAAAUGAGGAACCAGAGCAGACUGGCCAAAUACAAUCAACUCCCAGACAAGAUGGCAGUGAUUUAAAAUCCAACAUUACAGAGAAUCUGCACAACAAACUUGAAACCUUUGACUUUCCAAAUGCAGAGAAGGUGGAUGAAGAAGACAAGGAUAAACCUGAAGGCUCCAUCCAUGUGGAGACAACCUCAACUUUGCAGAAUGAGGAGCUCAAAAUAGAGAAAACAUUCCCACUUGAACAACAAGAAGAAGCCAUGACAGACACCAAACAGGAGACUGAAGAGCCCAGUUCUGUUCCUCUUCAAAACCAGGUGAUCGAUCAGUCUGAAUCUGGCGGACAUGAAGAACCAGAACAAACUGACCAACCGCAAUUGACUCCCAGGCCAGAUGGCACUGAUUUAAUAUCCAACAACACAGAGAACCUUCACAGCAAACCAAAUCCUGCAGCAUUUGACUCUCCAAAUGCAGAGAAGGUUGAUGGAGAGAAUGAUAAACUUGAAGACUUUAUCCAAAUGGAGACAACGUCCAUUCCUCUACAAAAUGAGGAGCUCAAAACAGAGAAAACAGAUCCAACUGAAGAAGAAGAAGCCAUGACAGACACCAAACUGGAAACUCAAGAGCCCAGUUCUCUUCCUCUUCAGAACCAGCACAAGGCUGAUGAAGCAGAGAAAAAGCUUGAGGAGCCUGUUGAAGGGGAUCUGCAGAGCAAGGAUGAAGAUGAAAAUAGAUCUGAAGAAUUCGCCCCACUAGAGACAGAUUCACGCCCACAGAGUGAAGAUCUUGGACAAGAGGAGACAAAUCCUGAUCAAGAAAGCAUUGGUGAAUUAAGUGAGGAGAUACAAGAAACAAGUUCCCCCACUCUUGAAGACCGGACUAAUUCACUUCAAAAUGAUACAGAGGAGCAGCUCGGGGAUGAGGCAUGACUUGACUCCGUCUGAAAGUGAACCCUCACCGGAAUGAUCACCGUGACUCAGCCAAGGCAGCCUGAUGAAUCUCUCAAAGAUUGAAAACAGAGGUCAUAUUUCUAGAGACUGGCUCUUAAAUGAUUUACAUCUUUCCAAACUAUACACACACACACGCGCGCACCCCCCCCCCCCACACACACACACACACCACACCCACACACACACAUACACACACACACACACACACACACACACAAACUGUUACC